AGAAACCUUGGAGGAUUUUAAUGCUGUGUGAACAGAAAAUAAGCUUUGAUGGAACAUCUCGCUCAUCAGGGUCUUAAUCCCCAUGUACAGCGGGUCUUGAAAAACUUUCAAACGACUGCGAUGAGGAGUUUACAGGGACCAGGGCCGGGCGGCUUUCCGAGUCUGCUCUCGCCCUCCGACAUGGCUGAGCUCGAAGAAUACCGUAAAGCUCUAGUAAAGAAACUUCCCUCGGAUAAGAGUGUGGAUUUUGAAUCUCUGAGGGUACCUCCUCCCCCUUUCCCUAUUCAGCAGAUGCCGGUAUUUACACCCGUAGAUACGCCGAGUAAAAGCGAGAAAAUUGAAACGUUACUAGAGGAAGAGAGGAUUGCCUGUUUUCUAGUAGGAGGAGAAAAGAGACUCUGUUUACCGCAAAUUCUCAAUACUGUAUUACGAGAGUUCAGUUUACAACAGAUCAACGCUGUUUGUGACGAAUUACAUAUUUUUUGUUCAAGAUGCAACCCUGAACAACUUCACAUUCUGAAGGUGACGGGGAUUUUGCCCCUAAACGCACCGAGUUGUGGACUUAUAACUAAAACUGAUGCUGAACGUCUUUGUAAUGCUUUGCUUCAUAGAACACCAGAAAAAUUCAACGAGCCCCCUUCACCAGAUAGCUUCAAAGUCUAUCACGAGUGUUUUGGAAAGUGCAAAGGCAUAUUUAACCCGGAGUUGUAUAAUAAUGCCGACGCUAAAUGUAUCCAGUGUGUGGAUUGUUUGGGAUCGUUCAGUACCCUGAAGUUUGUUUGUCAUUCUCACAAAGCCCUGGAAAAUAGAACUUGUCAUUGGGGAUUUGACUCUGCGAAUUGGAGGUCCUAUCUCCUCUUGGCUAAAGAUCAAGAUGGAAAGGAUAAAUUACAAGAUGUUCUCGAAAGAAUGAAAAUCAAGUUUGAUUCGGGGAACAAGUACAAGCGAAAACAGACGAGUGAGAGUGAAACAUCGGAUCUAAAGAGAGCGAAAAGUGAGGAUAGUGCUAGUUCUUCAAGCAGUGGAUCAUGGGCAGAUUCUGUGUCAGGGAUGCGUGGACUGUCUGCCUUCCGACCGUGGUCACCAAGCAUGCUCAUAGCGCUCAAGGAUGGGAAACUUCUUCCUGCAGCGCCAGCCAUCAUGAGAGAAGGGCUUAGUGGAAUUCCUCCGCCAUAUCUACAUACAGGGCCACCAGUUCUGCUUCAUCCGGAGAGAGUUAUUCCCCUUUCAGAAUCAUCUAGAUAUGAAAGAGGAUUUGCACCAAACGUAUCUCUGGCCCCAGCCUCACAGCAAAAGCUUGAUCUUGAUGAUGUUUCCGAAGAUGAAGACACUCCAAUUCCGGAUAGGAAGCCAACGCCUGAAAAGGCAACAACAGUCACAUGCCAUAAUAUGGAGAAGUCGUCUUCUGAGUAUCGAGAAUGGGAAGUGCUUAGUGAAUCGGAGGAUUCUUCUCAACUAUCAGAUGAAGAAAAUCGGUCAACACUUUCCCCGAAGUCAGCGAAGGUUGUAGAAGUAGAGUUGGAAAUGGUCCAGAGGGCUCUUAGUGGAAAAGUUGGAAGUUCUCAGGAAGAACAAGAGGAUUUCUUGAAGGAAUUCUCUAAUUUACAGAGAAAGCGUGAAGAGCAACUGAACAGAUGUAUCCAAUCAAAAAAGUCUCUCAAGCAGGAGUUAUCCGCCCUUAAGACGUCAACAAGGGAAAAGUUGCAGCGACUAGCUGAUCAGAACGAGAAGCUAGAGAAAGACAUGGAGAAGAUGAGGAUAGAGUCAGAAUGUCGUCUAGAGGAAGCACAAGAUGACAAGGAGAGGCUACUGAAGGAAAUCAAACGCUUGCAAGGUCAUGACAAUAUUGAGGCAGCUAAACUUCUGCAAAUGAAUCGGGAGAUCACAACACGACUCCAGCAGUAUGAGGCUACCUAUACACAGGUACGAUGUGAAAACCUGCUGAUGCAGGAGGAGUUACAGAGACUUGGAGUACUUGUGCCUGAGCUCCUGUCUAAGAAAAAGUACAAUGGGCAUUACACACCCUCCAAAGGGCCAUCAGAUGGGCGCUACACUCCAUCUAAAGGUUCCCCAGACAGUUCCCCCACGGGUGUCACUUCACGACACCACAACAACCAAACAAUGUUCAUCAAGAAGGAAAGGGAUACUUAAAUAUUCUACCCUUCACGAAACUUACAAGGGGGAGGUAGCCCUUACAAAACCUUCAUGUUGUGUUAUAGGAAAUUUCUUAAUUCUCAUUAUCGAAUCUUUUUAAAAAAAUGGUACUAGUUGUGAUGACAUACAAUGGUGGGGAGUAUUCUUAGUACAAGCAGUACUGUAGUGAUUUUGGGCAUUAGAGUGAGGUGUGCAAAAGAAAGUCACUUUUGGUUGUACUAUGGACUUUUAUCCCCCAUAUGACAAGUGUUGUACAACAGCAAUACUACAACAUAUAACAACAGGAGUUGUUUAAUUGUCUGUGUGACACGUGGUGUACAUCAAAGUGUCAUUGAACAAAAAAUACUGGAGUUGUGUAAUAGAUACAUAGUUAUAUAUAUACUGUUGAAUGUUGUACAAUUCUAUCGGCCAGUGAACCUAUAUUGAGGACUUAAGGCAGACUUAAUAGACAUUAAGACUGAAUUCAUUAUAUCAUCAUCAUGUUUAACUCAUUUAUUUGACAUAAUCAUUCAUUAUGCAUUUUCAUUUGACCCUCCAGCUGAAAGUCAGAAUACAUUAAAGUCUGCAUCCCUAACUUGUUAAAAUGAAAGAACAAAUUAGCAAAAUUUAUAUCGGAAUCUUAAUACUUUUCUUUCUUUACCAAUGUGUUUCUUCACAGUUUCUUGCAGGAGGGGAUCUCUAACUAGGAACUGUGAAUCUUGUAUGGCUGUGAUGUUUAUCUUGCAUGUAAACAGUGCUUUGUAGUGUAGUAUGUGUGUGUAGAUAAACCUAACAUUGUGUACUGUAUUUUUUUGUGAAGUUAUCCCCCAUGUGAUAAAGCUCUCCUGUGAGGGAAGUUAUUUUGUUUCAGAAUGUAGUUCUCCCAACCACAGAACACUUUUUAGAUAGUUUUUUUAGGGAGAAUUUGUUUCUGACCAUAAUAUGGAUCUCUUUCUUUUUUGAGGUAUCUCAUUUUAGGAAGUUUUCUUCCCCAUAAUGGACUUCUUUUCCAAGGGCGAUUUUGUUCAUGUAUAUAUUAACAGUUAAAUAUCCAUGAAUA